UUUCUUUAUUUCUCUCUCUAAUUAAAUAUCACAUACCUACAAACAAACACAAACAUUUACACAAACAAGAACAAAGACUUUAUCUCCUUUUUCCUCUUACUUUCCCCAAUUUCAAUAAUAUCCUUCACCCACCAUGGACUCACCGGAUUUCCCCUCCGGCAAGUCUCCCCGCUCUCUCCAAGGUCCCCGUCCGGCACCUCUUAGAGUCCACAAAGAUUCCCACAAAAUCCGUAAACCACCGGUAGCCCCACAACCACACAAUCACCAUCAACCACCUCAACAACACCACCACCACCACAAUCUCCCCCCACCCCACCACCGGCCGCCGGUCAUCAUCUACACCGUCUCACCAAAAGUUAUCCAUACAAACCCAAAUGACUUCAUGACUUUGGUCCAACGUUUAACUGGCCCAUCAUCUUCAUUAUCUCCGGUAGGUUCUUCUUUUUCAGCUUUUCAAGAUGACGGCGGAGCUGUGUCACCGGCAGCAAGGUUUGCUUCUAUAGAAAAAGCAGUCAAGUCACCGGAAGGCAGAAAACAGCAACCGGCUAUACCCGGUCAAGACUUUCCUUCCACAUCAAAUGAUCAAGGUUUUGAAAUGGGUUAUUUCCCUCCUAGUAUAUUAUCUCCGGCCCCGGGGUCAUUGCCCCCAAUCCCACCAAAUUUUUUCUCACCAGUACAAAAUGAUUUUUUCCAUGAUUUAAGCCCUGGGUUACAUAAUAGUAGUAAUAAUAAUAGGAAUUUUUAUAAUUAUAUGGAAGGUAAUAAUUUUAUGCCAAGUCCUACAAAUCUAUUAUCUUCACAUAUAAUUUCACCAACUACUCCAAAUUUGGAUCUUUUUCAUAGUUUAUUUGACUUGUAAUUUUUAUUUUUAUUUUUUAUAACAAUUUGAUUGGGUAGUAAUUGGUUGAUUGAUAUGAUAGGUUUAUGGUAGUUGCCUUUGUUUACUUAGAUGGAUCUAGGGGUAGAUUUGGUAUUUUACAUCUAUUAUUUUAUUUUUUGGUGGACCAUAAAAAUGAGUUGGAACACUUUGUAUUUGACUUUUAGUACUCUCUUGUCACUCUUUAUUUCUAUCCUUUUCCUUUUAAUUUUGCAAUUUUGAUAACCUGUAACAUGUUCGUAGUGAAUUGAUUUGAUAGGGUUUGGUUGUCAUUGUUUGCCCAUAAAAAGGGUAAGGGCAUAACAGGAAGUUGGAAAGUUAUUCUGCCGAUUUUUAUUUUGUUUGGUAUAUACAGUAUAUAAUAUAAUUCAAUGAAAAUAAGUUGUGGAAGAAAA